AGGUGAGCCCAGGCCACAGGCAGGAUCCGUCUGUGCGGGAACAAAGCGGAGAGCACUGGGAGUGGAGGCUCCGAGGCUCAAGCAUAAAAAGCCAACUUGCUCAUGAGAAGGAAAAAAGAUCAGGGGAAACCUGGGCUUCCUGGCAUCAUGUUUUGACAAUCCUCAGCCCUGACUUUGCGCCCCUGGCGUUCUUCUCCACUGGCUCCACUGGCGCCCCCUGCAGGCUGAUCUGGGAGGUGGCGGCUUCAGCACGGGGCAGACAUCACCAUGGCUCUCCUGAUUCACCUGCUGGUCUGCACCUUCGGGAUGGGCUCCUGGGUGGCCAUCAACGGGCUGUGGGUGGAGCUGCCCCUGCUGGUGGCGGAGCUGCCCGAGGGGUGGUAUCUUCCCUCCUACCUCACAGUGGUCAUCCAACUGGCCAACGUCGGCCCCCUCCUGGUCACGCUGCUCCAUCACUUCCAGCCCGGCUGCCUCUCGGAAGUGCCCAUCAUCUUCACCGUGCUGGCUGUGGGCACCCUCGCCUGCACACUCUUCGCCUUCCUCUGGAAUGUCACCUCCUGGGUGCUGGAUGGCCACCACAGCGUCGCCUUCAUGGUCCUCACCUUCUUCCUGGCCCUGGUGGACUGCACCUCUUCGGUCACCUUCCUGCCUUUCAUGAGCCGGCUGUCCGCCCGCUACCUCACCACCUUCUUUGUGGGCGAAGGACUCAGCGGCCUCCUGCCUGCCCUGGUGGCUCUUGCCCAGGGCUCAGGUCUCACCACCUGUGUCAAUGUCACUCAGCCGUCCGACACCACCCCAAGCCCUGAGACCACCGGGAAGGAGGUCUUCCUACAGGGAGCUAAUGUCACCUUGAUGUCUGACCUGACCAGGACGACACAGUCCGCCGUCCAUCUGGAAAGCCGCUACCUCCCAGCCAACUUCUCGCCCUUGGUCUUCUUCCUCCUGCUCUCCUUCAUGAUGGCCUGCUGCCUCACAGCUUUCUUUGUCCUCCAGCGUCAGCCCAGGCCCAGGGAAUCUUCCAUAGAAGACCUCCUCACCUCCCAGGUCACCCUCCACUCCAUCCGGCCACGAGAAGGGGAGGACCUGGGCCCCCCAGACCCAGGGGCUUGCAUCAAGGCCCAGGGGCAUCCAGAGGAGAAAACAGACUCCAAGCACCCAGGCCAACUGGUCUUCAUCUACAUUCUGGUGGCCUUCGUGAAUGCACUCACCAACGGCGUGCUGCCCUCCGUGCAGACCUACUCCUGCCUCUCCUAUGGGCCUGUGGCCUAUCACCUGUCUGCCACGCUCAGCUCCAUGGCCAACCCUCUUGUCUGCUUCCUCUCCAUGUUUCUGCAGCUCAGGUCUCUACCAUUCCUGGGGAUCCUCACCGUGCUUGGGACUGGCUUCGGGGCCUACAACAUGGCCAUGGCCGUGAUGAGCCCCUGCCCUCUUAUGCAGGGCCACUGGGCUGGGGAAGUCCUCAUUGUAGCCUCGUGGGUGCUGUUCAUUGGCUGUUUGAGCUACGUCAAGGUGAUGCUGGGCGUGAUCCUACGCGACCGCAGCCGCAGCGCCCUCUUGUGGUGCGGGGCGGCGGUGCAGCUGGGCUCCCUGGUCGGAGCUCUGCUCAUGUUCCCGCUGGUCAACGUGUUGAGGCUCUUCUCCUCGGCUGACUUCUGCAGCCUGCAGUGCUCCGCCUAGAACACCUGGAGAGGUCCAGGACAGGGUCCUGAUCCGCGACCAUUACUAACACCUGGAAACUUGAGCAGGGCACGUGCCCAAGGCCACAGGGCAAGGGGUGGGGAGCUAGGAAGCAGAGGCUGGGUAUAUCCUCAGGCACGGUGGAGAACGCCGCAAGACCUCCCAAAGGACCCGGAACUGCAAAGCACAGCCCUACCCCGGUGCUGAGUCACAGUGCCCGCAAUCCCACUGCAGAACUCUUUCGGACUGUUGAGAGAGAGCUGGUGUGCAGCCUCAGCUGGAGGCAGGCUCAAGGGUGUCAGAAGGGAGACCGCUGAGAGGGUGAGCAGCCCUCACAGGCUGUGUGACCUUGGGGAAGUCACUUAUUUCUCUGUGCCUUCCUAAAAUGGAGAUUAUGAUAAAUAGCGCCUACCUCAUAGGCUUAGCACAGGGACCAAGGGGAGAAGCGCCCAGCACGUAGCAAGCCCUCUUGGGCCGUUUCCUGAUCAGAUGCCCAACAGAAAUAACAAGGGACAAUUUACACAACCUGGAAGUGGCCAGGGUGGUUGAGAGAGGACCCUUGCCCCGUUUCCUUUUCCCACCUUCCUCUAAGAGAAGCUUCUGGGACCCUGGUGGAACCAUGGGAAUCCUGAUUCCUCGGUUCCCAGUAUGGAUGGACGUUAUACGCCACACACCCCUUCCUUUCACCCCUCCUGACCCACGAAGACCUGCUCCUUGGAAAGUGAGUGACCUCCUGGGAGGCAGAGAGGUGGCGGGCGGGGUGGCAUGCUACAGCAAACCUCGGUAAGUGAGUUCUAUCCCGUCUCCCACUCCCCAGGGCCAGGACUGAACCCUGAGGACCCUGGGAAGUCUGGGAAGGAGUGCAUUCACUACCCGACUGUUCCUUUGUUCUCUUUUUUUCUUUUUCUUUUAGAUAGACAUUCCCUGCUUUUACACUAAGAUCAGCCCUCCCACAAAAAAGUCUAACAUGAACCCCAAAGUCAAUAUCAUCGGUCUUCAGUUAGUUCUAAGGUCAAGGCUAAGCUCCGAAAUAAACAGGUAUCAAGUGUUCAGAGAACGUCUGGUCCUGGGACUUCUUUUCUUCAGUGUUUGGUUUGCUUGCCACCAGCCUUCCUUUUAAUUUAUUUUGAAGAGAUAGUGUAGUCACAUGUUUCAAAAAUCAGAAAAUACAAAAUGAUGUUCGGCAAAAAAAAAUUCCUUCUCUCCUGUCCUCCAUCUGCCCAGUUCCUCUCAACACACACAGAUACGCACGCAUAGACACGUACACACACACAAGGACUUUUAUCAGUUUCUUGGUCACUCUUGGAAAGAUUAUGCAAGCACAAACACAGGCUCUUUUUACCAAACUACCGUGUACCUUGCACUUUCACUCAACAAUGAAAGCGGAGAGAGGGUUCUGGGUCUUUGUCAUGACCACACAGUAUUCCAUGGUGGGGAGCUACCAAAUUUAUGCAACCAGUCUCUGGUAGAAAGAUAAGUGCAGUUACUGGAGACAAAAUCUCCUGCCAACCAGGAAACCCCUCUACAACAGUAGAAGAGAAAGAAAACUGUCUUAUACUGAGUAGGCGUUAAAGUGGAUUAUAGGUCUCGGCACAGACAAUCCAAUGAUGAGCUUGCAAGGGCAGAAAGAAACCUCGCCUUUCACAGCAGAUAACAAUCUACUACAUCCGUACUCCUAAAUGGUAGUUGGUCCUCAAGCAAGGGUCAUAUCAUUCUUCCUGAAUUCACCUGGUAAUUGGGCUGGCUAUCUGGGUUAGCCAAGUAUCUUUGCUGCAGGAAAAAGUAA